CUGUGACAGAGCGGGUCGCUGGACGCGGAACUGCAGCAGCACCGCCGUAACCGUAAAUUGUGAUAAUUGAUUUCAAUUUGUUUCAUGAAAGCGGCGGCGGCACCCUUCUCCAGCGAGAUGUUUCAAACGAAGCUGGACCUUUGCGCGCGCAGUAUGGUUGCAGACUCCACGACGGCCGAACAGAAUGCGUCGAGGACGACGCUGAUAUGCCGGGCAUGUCUUGUGCUCCUGGGUCCCCAGGAUGCCGCCUACAGCCUGGACAGCGAACAGGACCUGGCGAGGAAAUAUUUUGGCUGCACUGGUGCCGAUCCGGGAAAAGAUGAGGACGAUGUGCUGGCCCAACUGGUGGUCCUGAAGAGCAUCUGCGAGUGUUGCUAUCAAUUAGUGCAAAAAUUCUAUGCAUUUCAACGCAUGUGCGAAGAGUCCUCGCGCAACUUUCAGAAGCUGCUCCAGGACAUAGACUUGUACUGCCUCAAGGCCCAGGAGGAUGCAGUUCCAGCUUUACCGGAUACUCCUUCGGAGAGCAAUGAGUCCACUAAUCAGGAGGAGCUAGCGGAGGCCCCAAGCAUGGAAUCAAUUGAGGAGAUUGAAGAAGUUUACAUAAUCGAGGACGAAGGCAGCAAACAGGAUCUGGGCAAGGAAAAGGUUCCCCGCAUUUUCGCCCAAUACAAAAGGACAACAGGCCAGCGAAAGCGGCGAGUGAGACACACCCUCGACUGCGGCAUAUGUCAGCGCGGCUUCUACAAAUCGUCCCUGCUGGAGGCCCAUGUGAAGCAGCAGCACGAGGGCGUGAACCCCUAUACCUGCGUCCAUUGCGGCAAGAGCUAUGCGAGGGCCAACUUACUAGACACACACCUGCGGGAGAUUCAUUGCAAUGGCAGCGGGCGGGUUACCUAUCCCUGUCCCAGCUGCAGCAAAGUGUACACAGCGGCGCGGAGUCUCAAAUAUCAUGUGAAACGGCAGCAUGAGUCCGAGUUCUCCUCCACCGACGAUUGCCAGUAUAUUUGCGAAGAGUGCGGCAAGUCCUUUGGGCGAAGGGCUCACCUAACCCGCCACAAGGCGACGCAUGGCAAGCCCGAGGAGCGGAAAUAUGCCUGCGAGCACUGUGACCAUAGGUUCCACACCAAGGAGAACAUGACGGAUCACCUGCAGCGAAGACAUGGCAACAGAGACUUGCCUCGUUGCAGAAAGUGCGGGCGCAUCUUCCGGGAGAGAUCGGACCUCGGCAAACACUCGUGCAGAGAGCCAAGGACUAAGCCAAAUGUAGUUUAAUAAUUUGUUUUAUUUAUGUAAGUGAUUUUUCAAUAACAUCAAGCUAACUCAACUGUUACAAAUGAUUCGAAUUACUUGGAAUUUGUUGGGGGGGAAAAAUGCCGAACGAAUGAGUGGAUGGAUGGCGACACUAGUACAUGACUGAAUGGUUCAUUGAUUGAUUGGUGAUUGAUUCGGUGAGGCUACACUCUCUAAAAUUAGCUAACAUUCACAUAAUGGCCGGGGCGCAGCACAGUCGCUUCUAAAUCAUCAUCAUCAU